CAAAACCCAGACCCCCAGGUCCCGGCCAAUGGAGGCGAUUUAGACUGGAGCUGGUCCGCGUCUGUCAAAAGCUCGACUCCGCACCACCGCGGAGUCCAGAAGAAGAGCUGGAGCCACCGCACUCCCUCCCCUCCCCCGCCGGGAUUUAUUGAGUAUUUGGACUGGACAAUUAAGUGGCCCUGAUGAUGUUACCAAGCCCGGUCACCUCCACCCCUUUCUCAGUCAAAGACAUUUUGAAUCUGGAGCAGCAGCGGCACUUCCACGGAGCUCACUUGCAAGCGGAAUUGGAGCAGCACUUCCACUCGGCGCCCUGCAUGCUGGCCGCGGCUGAAGGGACGCAAUUUUCUGAUGCAGGGGAGGAGGACGAGGAAGAAGAGGGAGAGAAACUGUCCUAUUUGAACUCACUAGCUGCUGCCGAGGGCCAUGGAGAUUCAGGUCUCUGUCCUCAGAGCUAUGUCCAUACAGUUCUCCGAGACGCUUGCAGCGGGCCCAAGGAACAAGAAGAGGAGGUUGUGAGCGAACGGAGCCAAAAAAACUGUCAGUUGAAGAAGUCUCUGGAAGCGGCGGGAGACUGUAAGACAAGCGAGGACGGCGAGAGGCCGAAGCCGCGGAGCCGCCGGAAGCCCCGGGUGCUCUUCUCGCAAGCUCAGGUCUUCGAGCUGGAGCGCAGGUUCAAGCAGCAGCGGUACCUGUCGGCGCCCGAGCGUGAGCAUCUCGCCAGCAGCCUGAAGCUCACGUCCACGCAGGUGAAAAUCUGGUUCCAGAAUCGCAGGUACAAGUGCAAGAGACAGCGGCAGGAUAAGUCCCUGGAGCUGGGGACGCACGCGCCGCCGCCACCACCCCGCCGCGUGGCAGUGCCGGUGCUCGUGCGGGACGGCAAGCCGUGCGUCACGCCCAGCGCACAAACCUACGGCUCUCCCUACGGCGUGGGCGCCGGCGCCUACUCCUACAACAGCUUCCCCGCCUAUGGCUACGGGAACUCAGCCGCCGCAGCCGCUGCAGCCGCCGCCGCCGCAGCGGCAGCGGCGGCUUACAGCGGCAGCUACGGCUGCGCCUAUCCGACCGGUGGCGGCGGUGGUGGUGGCGGCACGGCCUCCGCGGCGACCACCGCCAUGCAACCCGCCUGCAGCGCCACCGGCGGCGGAUCCUUUGUGAACGUGAGCAACCUGGGAGGCUUCGGCAGCGGCGGCGGCGCGCAACCCUUGCAUCAAGGUGCCGCAGCCGGGGCCGCGUGCACGCAGGGGACUUUGCAGGGCAUCAGGGCUUGGUAAAGCCUGGGCGGGACACGCGGCGGGCGUCCUACCGCACGCUGGGCACCGCGGGAAUGAGACACGAGAAAGGACAGACCCAAGGGCCAGGUCCCCUCGUUAAAAUAAAAAUACAGACGUAUCGCUCCUUCCAAGGGCCCAUGGUCGCAGCACACUCCAGGCCUGGGGCAUGGGACUCAGCGGAGAAAGGACGCCCUGGUCCAGUCGUCAAGACUGUCUGAGACAGAAACACCGGCCAGGCGCCAGGAAAGAGGUGGCCUCCCACCCUGACUCUACAGAGAGUGCGAGAGGCUGGGACUCCGGCUGUCGCUUGCUCUCCGGAGGAGGGCUUUUCUCUUCCUGCCUUCCCUUGGCCUUCUCCGAGUGUGGUCCGGGAACCGGACCGAACGGGGGGAGGGGGGGAGAAAGAAAGAAAAAGAACAAUUUAAAGAAAAAGAAAGGUAGUUGGAGAGAGAACGUGAAGGAGAGGAAAAUGGGGUAGUAGCUUGAGAAAUUCCACCGAUUCGCAGCCCCUUUUGCUUGCCCGGAGAGCCACAACGAAGUGGAUUUUUCCUUUUCCAACUGUGACCCUUCCAAGACAGACUCCGCCCGGAUCCCUGGAUUGUCAGGGGACUGUUCUUGGAGACCACCACCGCAGUGAGAUCGAAAGUUGGGGGGAGGGAGGCAGCUGAGCAAAUCCAAGACUUGCCCGCCCAACCUAGGUUGUUGUCAGGUUGGUUUCCUUUCUGUUUUGUAUUUUGUAUUCCGCACAUUAUCUCUCUAUAACUAUAUCCACACGCCGUGUACACAGCCGCUGUCACACACUACAGGAGUCAAUAAAGAAGGUGCAAUAUUUCUGA